AAUACUAUUGCCAUUAAGGGCGUCUGGGCAGGGAAAAAAACCUCAGUGACUCUUAGAGGGAAGAUUAGUCCCGAACCAAUCUUCAUGCCUGGCAACUAACAGAAUCCACCCGGGGGAGCUGCUCUUCCCCAGCACCGACUUGGAUAUUUACUGCUUUUGGGGCUGGGGAUCUUUUCUGAUCUACUAUAGACAUAUAUUUUUGGACACUGGACGCCAUGUUGUGGAAACUAGCAGAUAAUGUCAAAUAUGAAGAGGACUGCGAGGACCGGCACGACGGGAGCAGCAAUGGGAACCCCCGGCUCCCCCACCUCUCCGCCGUCAGCCAGCACUUGUACAGCCCGGGUCCCCAGCUCUCCCAUUCCGGGACGUCCGACUUCCAGCCCCCCUACUUCCCGCCCCCCUACCAGCCUCUGCCUUACUCCCAGGCCAGCGAUCCCUACUCCCACCUCGGGGACCCCUUCUCCAUUAACCCGCUCCACCAGCCUCCUCCCCCGCCGCCCAGCCAGCAGCAGGCCGCCUGGCCCAGCCGGCAGAGCCAGGAUCCCUCCGGCCUGGUCCAUCAUGCCAGGCCUGGCCUUGUCCCUCACCUCUCGGCGCUGGAGAGCGGCUCGGCCGGGGCCAGGAGGGAAACCUACAGGCGCUCCGAGCUCCUCCUGCCCCACGGGCACGGGCUGGACGCUUCCACGCUCGCCGAGAACCUGGGGCUGCACGAGAUGGCUCACCAGAUGGAGGAGGUGCCGAAUGUGGAAGAUCAACACUUAUUAAUGCAUGACCAGACAGUCAUUAGAAAAGGUCCCAUUUCAUUAACAAAAAACAGCUCGCUGAGUCUCCCCUGCCAGAAGGAUGGAUUAAUUGGAGUGGUGAUAAACCCCAAUGAAGUGUUUUGUUCUGUUCCGGGGAGACUUUCUCUGCUGAGUUCCACAUCUAAAUAUAAAGUAACAGUAGCAGAGGUUCAGAGAAGGCUCUCGCCUCCAGAAUGUCUAAAUGCCUCCUUGCUAGGAGGAGUACUCAGAAGAGCCAAAUCUAAAAAUGGUGGCAGAUCAUUAAGGGAGAAACUGGAUAAAAUUGGCUUGAAUCUUCCAGCUGGUAGAAGGAAAGCUGCAAAUGUGACAUUAUUGACAUCUUUGGUGGAAGGUGAAGCUGUACAUCUUGCUCGUGACUUUGGUUAUGUAUGUGAGACAGAGUUUCCUUCCAAAGCAGUGGCUGAAUAUUUAACCAGACCACACUUGGGUCGUAAUGAGAUGGCUAACAGGAAAAAUAUGCUCCUUGCUGCAAAGCAGAUAUGUAAGGAAUUCACAGACCUCCUCACUCAGGAUAGAACUCCUCUUGGAAACACUAGACCUAGUCCAAUCUUGGACCCUGGCAUCCAGGGCUGUUUGACUCAUUUUAGCCUGAUCACACAUGGCUUUGGGAGUGCUGCCAUCUGUGCUGCCAUGACCUCCGUCCAGAACUACCUAAAUGAAGCAUUAAAAAUAGCAGACAAAACAUAUAUGAACACUGGCGACCAAAGUCCUGCAGAAACCAACAAAAACAUUGAUAAAAUGGAUAAGCACAGGAAGUAAAAUGAGGGAAACCAGACUUUCAAACUGUUCCUCCAAAACACAGACUGGGAUCUUCUUGCCUAUGGGGCAUGUAGAAAUUUGGUUACUUCUCCUUCCUCUUCCCUCAGCCCCCCUUCCCCCCCCCCCCCCCAAAUCCCUUUUUAAAACAACAAAACAUCUUAUUCAGGAUCUUCACUCCCUCUGGAUCUGUAAGACAAGUCUUUCUAAAGCUGCAGUUCCUCCCUUAACUGUGGAAUCCGUUACCAGAAGAUAAGUACUGGUGCAAGUGUAUUAAAAUCCUUUGCUGUUAAAGUGGUGCUAUAAAGUCUUUGGUGGAAAUAUACUAAGAGAGAUGUAGAGUUUUCAAACAUCUAAGUAUCUAGUGGUGACCAGCGACCGUGUAUAUUUUUUGAGAUAUGGAUUUUGGAUGGGAUACUCUUCAUUAUCUGGAAAAACGUCAGGUUUUUAGUCUUUAAAGCCAACAAUAACAAUAACUAUAAUGCAGUAUUAAACAAUGGUAUUUAGAUUUAUGUACAUGGUGUAUUUUAUAAACACGUGACAAACACCAAGAUCAUUUUGUUUUGCUUUAUUUUCAGACUACCGUAGGAAAAAAACUGAAAUCAUUGUAGAUGAAAGAACUAUUUGAUGCAUUUGACAUGCUUAUUUUAAUAUUUUUUAAUGGAAAUAUUCAGGCUUUUAAAAAUUGCAGUUGCCCACAGUGGAUAUUGUCUUUUUUAAAAAAAGACAAACAAAAAUAACACGCCCCCCCAGCCCCUCCGCCCCCUAAAGAAUUGCUAGUGCAAACUGAAAAUAAAUGCUUUUAGAAAAUCUUUUUCUUUGUCUAAGGAUGUUGCAGCUUUAUCCACAUAUUUAUAUCAGGUCUCGUUUUUAAAUUGAAAAAAAAAAAAAACUUGAAAGAAUAGGCAUACACUGUAACUUUUUUUUUUUUUUUUUUUUUUUAAAGAAAACAUUGUUUGCCUAUUUAGGGAAAAAAUAUAUAUAAAUAUAUUUCCAGGGAGACUUUAUGUGUAUUAAGGGAAACAGUGUGUUGAAUGUACAUAUUUAUUUAUGUGUAAUUUAAUGGGAUUUGUAAAUAAUGGUGAACUUUUUAAUACUUUUUUUUAUAAAUGGGUUUCAAAUUUUAAUUUUGGUAAGUAUUUCAAAGGUAAUGGGGUAAGCUAAAUACAUCUUUAGGUUUAUGCACAGGUAUGUUAUACAGGGUAUUUAAGAUUUUAUUUUUUAAUUUUAUUUUAAAUUCUCAAUUCUUGCCACUGAAGAUUAGAUUUAAUCUGAGGGGUAUGUUCUACAAAGCAAUAAUUUUUGUGUACCAUUCGCCUGAGAACUGAGUAGAAUGAGUGCAUGAGGUACGGUGCGUAUGUGAAUAAUGGAGGUUCUGAACUACUCUUUGCAUAUUUGUAUAUGUUCCCAAUAUAAUUCUGAUGUAUAUGAUAACCAUAUAAUAAAAGUAUUCUGGAUAGAAGCACUGAAUGUCUUGUUACCCAGAAAGUGUUUUCUUUCCACAAUUUGUCAAUAUGGGACACGAGAGGACGCUGUGUAUUGUUGUAAUUACAGCACUUUGUUCAGAUUAACAGAACAGAAAUAUGUAGUUGUUUGCCAGUAAAACUAAUGGUUUCAAUUAAAUGAGUCAUGUAUCUCCAAGAACUUUUUGUUUUAAGCUCUCCGUAUCAUGCCAUCUGCCUAUUUAAACUAGAGCCACAUUUUAAGGUUUCCUUUUCAUAAAAAUCUGACCCACGCAGCUUUACAUUAAAUUUGAUUAAUCAGAUGAUGCUUAAUGAUAAAUGCUUGCAAACACAUUGAAUGUGAAACUGGAUAUCUGACUUACAGUAUUAGCUCACGAAAGCUUAUGCUCAAAUAAAUUGGUUAGUCUUUAAGGUGCCACAAGUACUCCUUUUCUUUUUGUAAAUACAGACUAACACGGCUGUUACUCUGAAACCUGUCAUUUUAUAGAUGGGAAGAGGGAGGAAACUGAGGCCUGGAGAAGCUUGGCUAGAGUGCGUAAGUCACAAGAGAAGCCUGUGGCAAGACUGGGAACAGAACCCUUAACAUCUAGAGUCAGUGUGGUGGUACCUUAACCAUGAAAGCUUGUCCGGCAGAAACUGGAAUAAGUUUGUUUUAAAAAAAAAUCUUGGAAGCAAAUAUUCCCACAUUCCCAUAGAUCCUCAGCACCUAGUUAGGAUUAUUGGAUAGUGCAAGAUUUGGUAUGGAACUAAGAGUGAAGGAUGAUGACACCAGACUGAGGUGACUGCAUGCUAACCCCUCAACAGACGGCAAAUAAGAACCCAAAAUGCCUCUUUUAAAAACAACAACAAAUAAUUCUCAGGGUGGGUGGGGUUGUGUUGUGUGGUUUUUUUUGUUUGUUUUUUGUUUUUUUUGGUGCGGGGGAAGAGGACGGGGGAGAGGCUGAAUCAUGAAGUUUUGAAUACUUGGGAUGGGCAAUCUUGGAAAAUAUGCUUAACAGCUGCCUAAUACAAAAAUAUGCUUAAUUUAAUUUGUAUAGUAGUGCCGUGAGGUCCUAAUGUAGAGGUUGGGGGGGACCUGCUUUGCUAGGCACAAACCCAGAGUAAAGAUGUUGUCUGCCCUAAAGACCUUGCACUCUAGGUAGACAUGGUGGAGAGGUGAGCUGCUUGAAAGGUCUCCAAAUUUUUUUCUGGGGGCCGGAGGAAUGUGUGUGUGUGUGUUUAAUUGAAAGGCCUUCUUUGUAGUAAUUAAAUUUAGUGGGUUUUUUUAAAAUGAGAUUUUUCCAUUUCUGUGAAAACAAUAUUUUGAAAACUUUGAAACAACUUUUCCCCCCUUGUUCUAGUGUGUGUGGGGAAACAAUCCCACUUUCUCUCACUAUUUUACUACAUCCACACACA